AUGCUUGUAAAAGGGUCCUCGAAAGACCUUCUCCGUUUUUCCCUAGUUGAUAAGUUGUCUGCGUCCUGGCCUGAUUUGCUCGCAUGCAGCGCGCAAUCCGUUUUGAGAGAACGACUCGGUUUGAACCGGUUUUCGGCAAGUUAAAGGAGCUGCUGGAAAUUUGCAUUCCAGCGCGCAGGUCCUUAGACACUGUUUAGAGCAUUGCGAGCGAUUCUGUUCUCUCCGCGUUUAUCAUUCUCUCUAAACUGAUGUUUACGCGCUCAUAGGAGCGCCAAAGUGGUCCCUAGAGGAGGGAUGCGGAGGAAAAACAGUCCCUAUAGGUAGGGUCCGCAAGCCAUUUCUUCAAAACGAUCCAAUUAACAGAAACAGUUUAUUUUUAAAGUGGAACUUUAGCUAGUAUAAACGCCUCAAAACCGUUUCUGCAACAAAAAAUCGUCAUUUUGGUGGCGUGAAGGGGCGGGGCUUUGCGCCCCCUACCUAUAGGAAGCACUUUUUUGUCGCCUGUAGGGGCUUCGGGUACGAUUAUGAACACUAACCAGGGAACUUUUUUCACCCCCCGAUUGAACUUUUGCUGACAUUUGCUUAAGUGUACUUCAGGACCUCCUGAUUGCAGAACAGGAAGAAAAUUUCUCGCAAUAGAUCUUGUUUCCGAGUUAUGGAGCUUCAAAGUGUGCAAAAUACGCAAAUUAGGCCAAAAAAGCGCUAUUUCGGGUUUUUAAAGUCUCCUAACUCGACAACGAGAUCUAUUGCGAGAAAUUUUCUUCUUGUUCUGGAAUCAGAAGGUCCUAAAGGAAACUUCAGCAAAGUUUCAGCAAAAGUUCAACCGGGGGGUAAAAAAAGUUCCCUAGUAAGACCUUAAUGCUUAAGGGGUUUUAUAUGUCUUUAAUUUUCUGUUAUGAUUUCAAAAUCAAAAAGAAGCUUGUAAUAAAACUUGAUCGAUUAUUCCUCUAUUGAUAGUUUUUUAUUAGGAAAACGCUAAUUUACCAAGUUCUUCGCUUGGAACUGCUUCUUCUCAUAACAUUAAACGACUAGCAUGAUCUUCAUAGUGGCCACUAACUAAAACCCCUAGAGCAGAAAGGCCCAGAGAAAAAAGGAGCGAAGAAAGCGCGUUGCGGCCGCGAAGGUCUGAGUUUUCAGUCAAAUCUGACGUCUACAUUUUUUUCUGCCUGAAAAAUACUUUGAACGCGACAAUAAAGGUGCAAAUAUACGUUUGAAAGAAAAUAUUCAACUUUUUGAAAAUCGCGAAAAAUUCUCUUCGGCUGUUCGAACGUUAAUUUCAAGAAAUAGUUUUUUCUAUAGCCUGUGUACCACGACUUGGAAUUUCACCAAACGACAUUCCGCUGUGCCGCUGCGCGCCUUUGCGAAUCUUGGUAGCGCCUUUUAAUCAUUUUUCUUUUAUUAAGGUAUUCUGAUUUGAUGUGCUCCAAUAGCAACUACGAUCAAUGGAAAGUGUGACCUAGAUUCGAAAGACGCUUCGCGAACACACGCAGCGGAACAGCGGAAUGUCGUUCCGUGAAAUUUCAAGUCGUGGCACACAGACUAUAUACCUUAUUCAUUGUUCCAGAAACUUUGAAGUUUCUUGAAGUUUGAUUUCAGACUCGGCCCAAGAUGAAAGACUAUUUUUCAUAAUCGGAGAGAAAGGGAGAAGGUUGGAAUCGAGUGAAGGCAGUUGACGCAGGCUCCAAUUAUGGUCGGGUGAGAUUUUAUUUAAAAUAAUUAAUGAGACCACGUGAAAAUCCAAGUUUCCUUUCCAAAGGCGCACAAGCCAAGGUCGAAUUUGCAAAACUGGUUUUCAUCCGAACCCGUACUCCUUCAUACCGAAGGCAAACCCUUGUUAGUCCUGGCCGCCGAUGCUCAGUGAUCAGCUUGAUCCAGCAUCGUAUCUUUUAAAAAAGUUCCCUCAGUCCUUUUGAUCCUGUACAGUUGGCACCAAACCUCUUCACGACUUUCAAGCACCAUAAAUUUUCUUACGCAUUUUUACUGAAGCGCUCUUUUUUUUUCGAAUAAAUGUUUCGCAUUUUCUUGAUCUGAUAACGGUAACAGUUGCUGUUUUGGAUUGAGAUAACCGGUUUUUUCUUGCAAAGAGAUCAUUAUCAGGCCGCCCAAGUUCCGACCGGAACGCCCUUCGACUCAAAAACGUACGAAAAGAAUGGACACCUACGCUUUGAUCGAGCAUCGAUGAUUGGAGCGUGGGUGCGGAUAUAAAAGAAAGAGACACCAGACGAAGAUAUUUUCGAUGGUUUUGAGGGGAAAGAAAGAGGUCUUCAGGUGUCUGGGUCUCCGUCGAAGGUCGCGUCGACCGUUCGCCGGUCAUUCCCAUCGAUUUCCCGAUGCUCCUCGUCGUCGUCGCUGUCGUCGUCGGCCUCGCCUCGUUUGUUUUCUUUUCGUUCUCGAUUUUAUUGCACACUCCAAUUAAUUUCCUCCUCACGUACAAGGCUUUAUUCUAUUUUUGACAUGAGAACAGGUCGUUUCGGAAAUCGUCGGGUUGCUUUUGCCAUUAUUCCGAGGUACAAUGGCCAACAAUAAAUGUUGGGUUGAUAUUUUUAGCUUUUCGUGAAAUUUGAUGGCUUUUCUGAAUUGGACGACUUGAGUCCAAUUCGUCUGUUCACAAAUCCAAUUUUAUAAUUUUUUUUUUCUGAAAAAAGGACGUGCGGCAUAAAAUGACCCCAAUACAACAUCUUCUUUUGAAGAGAAAAUUUUGAGGAAAAACAGAUUGUAUUAAGCGCACGGAAAGUUUAAUUUUUGAGACUGGAAAAACGUUUUUGUAUGGUAGUUUAUAAUGAAAAAUGAAUAAUUCAUUAUUAUUCCUUUAAAAAAACUUUCAAAAAAAUUAUUUUCAUACUCCCCAGUCCCUUCCCAACAGAAAAAGCUUUUGUUUAUAUCGGCCGGCGGUAAGAAAUUCGAAAAAGCUUUUGAGAGAUGAUCUUUGUGCCCCCCUCCAAAAUGUUGUGUGUGUUUGGACCUCGAAGCUCUUCUGCAGAGUUUUAUCAAACUUACUGUAAGUUACUUACAACCGCCACCUGGAAAGAAUUUACUUAUAAGGCGCCAUCUUGUUCAGAAAGGAACUGUGAAAAAAAUUUGAGUUUAAAAUCUUUGAAGCUUCUGAAAUCGCAUUCAAACCAAUUUUAAAACUUAUUCGAAAAACUUUUCAAGCGCUGGUAAAGGUCGUCUGGUUCCACCCAAAAUCAAGGAAAAUGUUGUGAUUAGUCAGUCAGGAAAAUAGGUCGUCAGAGCAAAUGUUGAGAGAUUUCCGAGCAAACGUGAACUGUUUAUCUAGCCGCUCCUUGAAAGGCUUGAAAAGCCAUCUUGUGACAUAAAAUGUUAUUCAACUCUUUCAGAAGGCUUAACCUACCCGACUUUUGAAAAAUUAUAGGUAAAUGUGAGUUUUAAGAUGUCACUGUCCUCACAUGAUGAAGAUGGCGCAGACGGAAGGGCCAAGUGCGCCGGCACCGCUUCCCGAAGGCGACGAGGUGAGCACGGCGACGCGUCGGCGCAGACAUCGACGCGGUUUGCAGGGUUGGGACUACGACGUCACGGGAUCGGCUCCUGGAAUUCUUCCCGACGAGCACUUUAUCCAAACCACCCACGUAUAUCGAACAACUAGCCGUUAGUUGUUAAAUUCCUGUUUGGAGAAAAAAAACUCAAGUAUUUUUUGUAACAAGAACCUUUGUAUAGAAUUUAUUUUACAUUUUGAGAAAAAAAGGGAAACAUUUUCAGAAAAGUGCAAAAAAAUAUUUGCAGAGUCGGCCAAAAAAAGUUUUUCGGCACAGGUGGUGGAAAUAAUGCGAGAAUUAAGAGAACGACUAUCGAAGGCAGCUCGGCUGACGCUCGAAAAUGAAAAUGUGAGCGUUUACAAGAUGUUUUUUAAAAUAUUUGUUUUGAAACAUCUGAGCUUCGAAACUUGGAACGUAACUAUUGAAUGAAGAGAAUUAUGAAGUAUAUAAUAUGAUAUCAAAAAUCAGAUCGAGUGCGAAAAAGUCACCGACCAUUUCCGAUGCGAAGAGUUUCCCGCCAUCGGAAGCUUCAACUACUUGGUCGUCGAGGAUUCGUUUGUUUUUAUCACGACUUCAACAAGAAAUACCUAAAAAGAAAAAAGAGAUCUAUAUAGAACAGCUUCACCAAAUAAAAAAAAUUAAGUCUAUUAUUUCCAAAAAAAACUGCUUGAAAUUAUGAACACUUUACUCUGGUGCUCUCUGGAGAAAAUAAACGUGGGAACAGCCCGUAAGCUUGAGAGCGUCUUCAAGUGAAGAGAGAGCGCACUACAACUUUGAAAAGUACUCACAGGAAACUUGCCAAAACUCAACGUGAAAAAUUUUCUUUUUCGAACUACAUAUGAAAGGUGAUCACCAUUACAGGAAAAGAGGAGCGAUAAUCUACGACGUCGAUCGCAAGCUCAACGAUAGAAACCUCGGUACCAUCGAGAUGGCCCUCCUCGAGUUGGUUCUCAGACUCACUCCGAGUACCUAUUCCAAACUGCAGCGCGUUGUCGCGUCACUCUCCUCAUCCGCUGACGCGUUUCGCUUCAAGAGACGCCGAACGUGAAGUUGGCUUCAUUCGGGCCUUGUCCGCCAAGGAAACCGAGGUACUAAAGUAGGGCUUUCGUACCUUCAGAGAACUGGUCUGGAACAAAGGCUGGCAUCACAAGUCGUCGCAAAACGUGCCAAAAACAUAGUUGUUAUGAAGAAUGAUAAAGAAGAUGAGUUGUGGUAUGCGUUUUCGAAGUUUUUCAAAAACCUCCAUCUUUAAAAUUGUUCUUCUUUUGUCGCGUAUAUGCAAGAAAACAUGGACAACUUCACGUUAGCUGUUUGAAACGAACCUUGAUUUGCACAAAACCUUUCUAAGGCAUUGGCCAAACCGCCCUCGAGCGAUACAACCAUGGAGAAGUUCAGCCCCCUGGAGCUCAACCUGAUCGAUCCAGCUCUUCUUGAAAUCAGGUUGACGGUUUGGAACACUUGAAGUCGAAAAGGCACUGCAGGUGUUUGACCUCGGCUUGAGUCUCUGGAACGACUCGAACAGCUUCUUGCUUUCGAAUGGCAUUUCCUCUUGACAAGCAUCUUCCAGGUCGGGAGAAGGCUUGGACAGCGUCGAACACGAUCUCACAGAGUUCAAGACGCAAAAAGAGUUCGACGACGCUUUGAGCUCCAACAAAUUCGUUUUUGUGCUCUUUUGGAACAACGGUUCUUAUUUUUCAAACCGGAGAAGACGAAAACUACCAUAUCUUCGAAAAAAAAACUUUCAUAAAAAUUAGAAAAGAAAAAAAUUUCGUUUUUGCUCAGUUUAUUCUCAGUAUCCUUCUCUGAAAUCAAAAAAAGAAGAAGUUUACAGUGCAAAUGACGAGUCUGCACAUGUACAACCUGUUGGCACGCGUCAGCAAGCAGGUCAAUCGCGACGAGGUCCUUUUGGGACAGGUGUCGUGUCACAAACGCGCCGAGUUCUGCCAAGGACUCAAGGCCAACGACUUUUACACUCUUGUCGCCUACAGGUUCGUCCACUCUGAACAUAUCCCUCCAGUUCUCUAUCAGAAAUGGCAAGAACAUUGGAUCGACGCACAAAAUAAGCGAUGAGCAAUACUAUCUUAGCUGGAUCGAGCUGUUGGUUUCGUGGAAAGUUUUUAUUUGACGAUUUUUUUUUAGAAUGAAAGAAGGGCCGCUAUUGCAGCUGCAUGACGACUCCGAGUGGGGGGCCGCCAAAAAAGGUUUCUUGGUGAAAUAAAAUUAAAAAUGAGAGAGCAAGAAAAUUCUUGGAAAUUUUUAAUUCAAUUAGCUCAGCUCAAACAAAAAAGAACAUUUUUUCAGGAAUGUUUUUCAGUUUCAGCAUUCAUGGUUUUGCUUCGGUUUUCAGGACAACUGCUUUCUCGGAACCGCCAGUCAGUGACGAUCGGAGUGUUCCCCGACAAGGAAGACAUCGCUUUCAAGCAUUUCCAGAUCGUUGCCGAGAAACUCGCCGGAAGUUACUACCUCGCCUAUCUCAUCAAGGACGGGUGGGUCGUCGUGGACGGAUUCCUCAAGUCGGCGGGGGUUUCAGGCAGAAACCGAAGAUCUCGACCUACCGGUCCAUGGAACGACAGAAACGCGUCGCCUACGACGGUCGCUUCGACCCAGCCUCGCUGACUUCUUUCAUCUCUCGCAGUUCGCUUCCUUCUGUGGUGAUCGAGAUCAGCAGAGAGAAGAUGCCAAGAAUUUGCAGAUAGACAUAAGCGAUGGCUUCACAACCGACGUUCUGUUGCGACAACGACGGCCGGUGGCAUUGCUAGUUGCCGAGAAAUCAUUUGACGACGGCGUCUUCCAGAAGGUGGCUUCUCGCCAGGAGGUCCGCAAGAAUUUCGUCUUCGCCCAACUUCAACGGUAAUCCAUCGAAUAAAAUGAGAAAGGCAUGCCAUAGUUUUGAGAGACUCUGACCAGACAAAAGAAGUUCUUCUGAAGCUUAAACUACACGAGAAUUCAGAGCCAACGUUGGUCAUGAUUAACAAGGUCAGUUUUCCGAAAGCUUUUUUUUUAAUAAAAAAAAGCGACAAAAAAAUCACGACGAGAGGAUAUUGAAACAUAAGAGUUAGAGAUUUUAUGAGUUGAUAUUCGUAAAACUUCUACGAACGUUCGUUGAAAUGAAAAAGAGGUACACUCCCAUAAUGAACACUAGUGACUAGUGAGAAAAUUCUCUAACCAAAUUUGAUUAUGACACUGGCCGUCCUCUUCAGGAUCGCCUUCACUACAUACCUCUCUAUUCAAUCUCGGAUGCAGAUGAAAUGUUGAAACACAUGCAAAAAACACGAGAUGCUGAACCUGAUCGUAAUUUCAUGAUUUAACUCGAAUAUCUCAAAGGUUUCAGAAGUUUUACCCACACGAGAGCCUCAUCCUCUUCGAUACCUACAGGUCAAAAGAGUCAACCAGAUUUUCGGCUCUCAAGAGACAGUAGUCCUUCCGGACCAUAGUCUUUUCAUAGAUCAGGAGGUUCUCAGAGAUGAUACAUUGAAAAACACCGAAAUUCCAGCUUUUGAGAGACAGGCGAGAGAUUGUAGCGCCAAAGGCCGGCGGCGGAUGUCCGUUUAUGCAAGGAGGAGGCGUCGACCUCCAUGAAGAGCUCUGA